AUGAGUUAUGUUUUAGUUGAUUCUCUAUUUCGUCGAAAAUUUAAUAAUCUAUCAUCAGCAAUAACCAAUCGUUUAUGGCUUAAUGCUCAUACAAAUUAUGAAUGUGAUGUUUUAUUAACAUUUCCAGCUCGUAUUGAUGAUUAUGUUAUUAUUUGGUUUUUGGAACAAUUACUACAACUUGCACCAGAUAUUCGUAUAUCAAUUAAAUAUCAUUUUACAACUGGUGUUUAUGGAUUUUAUUUAACAUUUACAUAUGAAAGGCUUUUGAAAGGUGCUCAUGAUAUACAAUUAGAAAAACCAAUAAAACAAGAAUUUGGUGGUGGAUAUAAAAUAUUCAUUUUUGAUGAAUUAGAAUUUUAUGAAGGUGUUGAAAAUGAAGAUAAAUUUUUUACUUCUCAAGAACGACAAUCAAUCGUUCGUCAUCUUCUUUUUUCGAUAAGAAUUAUUCAUAAACAUGAAAUCAAUGGAAUUAAAUUUAAAGUCGAUCAAUCAUUAAUACAACGUGGUUUGGAGAAAAAACUCAUACGACAAGUACUUCCAUUACAUAAUAAGGAAAUAUUAAGUCAUCUUCGUGAAACAUGGGUUUGGCCACGAAAAUGUUUUUUUACACGACAACCUAUUGAAGAUAUCCGACAAUAUUUUGGUGUUAAAAUUGCUCUUUAUUUUUGUUGGAUAAGGUAUUCUUUUUAA